UCUAGCGACGCCACCCUUUCCCCGGGCACGUUUCGUCCUUUCCCUCACGGAGGGCGGUGCGGGUCGCGGCACCGCCUCCUGUGCUGACGGGCAGCGGCUUCACCCAACGAGGCGACGGCGGCGCCGCGCGGGGGGCGGUGGUGGGGCCAAUCGCGGGUGGCGCUGGUGGAUGUGUGCGUCGGAGUCCGCGGCUGCUCCCCUUUCUCUCCCGUACGCGGCGGGGCCGGUGGCGGGCGCAGGCUCUUGAAGCAAUAGGCUGUUGGAUUUUGAUCCCGCCCAGAGUACUUGAGUUUUUGUCAGCAAGGAUAUAUAACAGCGCAGGUUUUGCUUGCCUACAUAAGAAAAAAAGGCAAUGGAGACUGAACAACAGGAGGAGACCUUUACCAACACAGAGACAAAUGGCAAACGUCCUGCAGAAGAUAUGGAGGAAGAGCAGGCCUUCAAAAGAUCUCGGAACACUGAUGAGAUGGUUGAACUGCGCAUCUUGCUUCAGAGCAAAAAUGCUGGAGCAGUGAUUGGAAAAGGUGGCAAAAAUAUUAAAGCACUUCGUACAGACUACAAUGCAAGUGUUUCAGUCCCAGACAGCAGUGGCCCUGAGCGCAUCCUGAGUAUAAGUGCAGAUAUAGAGACAAUUGGAGAAAUCUUGAAGAAGAUUAUCCCUACUUUAGAAGAGUAUCAACACUACAAAGGCAGUGACUUCGACUGCGAACUUCGACUUCUUAUUCACCAGAGUUUGGCAGGAGGCAUUAUUGGUGUCAAGGGUGCUAAAAUCAAAGAACUCAGAGAGAACACUCAGACCACUAUUAAGCUCUUUCAAGAGUGUUGUCCUCAUUCGACUGACAGAGUGGUGCUUAUUGGUGGAAAACCUGAUAGAGUUGUUGAGUGCAUCAAGAUUAUCUUGGAUCUUAUCUCUGAGUCUCCAAUUAAAGGACGGGCCCAGCCUUAUGAUCCCAAUUUCUAUGAUGAAACAUAUGAUUAUGGUGGCUUCACAAUGAUGUUUGAUGAUAGAAGGGGACGGCCAGUGGGCUUUCCAAUGCGUGGAAGAGGAGGUUUUGAUCGAAUGCCUCCUGGUCGUGGUGGACGACCCAUGCCUCCCUCAAGAAGAGAUUAUGAUGAUAUGAGCCCUCGCAGAGGACCUCCACCACCUCCACCAGGUCGUGGUGUUAGAGGUGGCAGCAGAGCUCGUAAUCUUCCUCUUCCUCCUCCACCACCUCCUCGUGGCGGAGAUCUGAUGUCCUAUGACCGAAGGGGCAGACCGGGAGACCGUUACGAUGGCAUGAUGAUGCAGUGUCAUGUGGAUGCCUGUGAUGACAUGCAGCCACCAGAGUUGUUUGAGGGUGGCUCUGGUUAUGAUUAUUCUUACGCAGGGGGGCGUGGUUCAUAUGGAGAUCUUGGUGGACCCAUCAUCACAACACAAGUAACGAUUCCCAAAGAUUUGGCAGGAUCUAUUAUUGGAAAGGGAGGCCAGAGAAUCAAACAAAUACGUCAUGAGUCAGGAGCUUCGAUCAAAAUUGAUGAACCACUAGAAGGCUCAGAAGAUCGGAUAAUAACUAUUACAGGAACACAGGACCAGAUACAAAAUGCACAGUAUUUGCUGCAGAACAGUGUGAAGCAGUAUGCAGAUGUUGAAGGAUUCUAAUGCAAGAUUAUUUUUUCUUUUUUAUAGUGUGAAGCAGUAUUCUGGAAAGUUUUUCUAAGACUAGUGAAGAACUGAAGGAGUCCUGCACCCUUUUUUUUUUUAUCUGCUUCUGUUUAAAAAGCCAACAUUCCUCUGCUUCAUAGGUGUUCUGCAUUUGAGGUGUAGUGGAAUCUUUGCUGUACACCAGAUGUAAUGUUUUAGUUCCUUACAGAUACAUGGGGGGGAAGGGCGCACAAGACUAACAUUGAAAUUUUGAAGUGGCAGAGAGAAUGGAUUCUAUUUUUGUUCAUUGUUGGUGGUAAAUUGUACCGUUUUUCUGUAAUUGUUGUGAACAUCCUGCUUUAUGUACACUGUAUCUUACUUUGAAGGGGGAGAAUAUGGUAGGCCCCAUGUCCCUGGCAUUUGUUGAGAGCAGUGUGCAGAAUGUAAUGCAUUUUUGUAAGAAACAUUUUAGGAUUUCUAAAUAAAUUUAGUGAACCUA